GGGGGGGAGUGUGUGGGGAUCCAUACCCAAGGUGCAGUGUGACCCGCGCCGCCCAAUCAGAUGUGUUGUGAGGCUGACGAGCGUUGUGAUUGGUGCACACAGUGGUCUGCGCGCCUUUCAGUUUAAAAUUAAAAAUAACUGCCGAACGGUUAGUAUAGCCGCCGCGAGCCCCAGACUCCCAGCAGCAGGACCGGAGCCACAGCCCCAACGCCACAGCCUCGGAGCUCCAGCAGCAGGACCGGGAGCCCCAAGGCCGGGAGAGACUCAGCCCGGCCGCCAUAGCCAACCCCACGGAGCUCGGCCCCGCAGCCAUGGCCGCCUGGAACUAUGAUGCGCCAACUCACAUCGAUUUCUGCAACCUCGAUGACCAGGAUGAUCUCCAUGUUGAUUACUGGUUCGAUAAACAAGCUGAGAAUGAGGUGGGAAUAAAUCAAGCAACCCCACCUGCUGAGAGCAAGAAUUUGGUAGUUCAACUGCCUCAUGUUCCCUGCAAAAGUUCUUUAGUCCAGGCAGCACAGAGCCCUAAAGGGCAACUCUUGCCUAAAGAGGGAGAAAGUGCAGAAGAGCAAAUUGAUGGAACUGUUGGAAGUGUACCAAGCAAUGUGGUGACCUCUUUGUCAGUGUGGAGAACAACAUCUGCUGCUCCUGCUAGAGGGACACCGGUGAGGAGAUCGGCACGUAGACCACCUGGACAAGUGAAGAAGCAGUUGGCUGAACUUCGUGCUGAUCGCAGGUUUCAGGAUCCUGCUACCGGGGCUCCAGUCAGCAAGAAAGCAAAACUGAAUCCAAAGGCGAAGACUUCAGUGAGUAGAGUUGGCAGUCUUCGUCAGUCCCAGUCUUCAGCACAGACCAGACAAGCCAUGCCAAGCACACCUACAGUUCUCAAGAGGCAGCAGCAUAUGGGUGCAAAGGGCAAAAGCACAGAAGAGUUAGAGAUGGAAAAGAUUUCACAGUUUCAGAAGGAGUUUGCUGAGCAGAGGAAACUGAACGAGGAGACAUUGAAGGCAGCCAUUUGUGGUACAAGUCAGCACAGUAAACUGAUGCGCAUUCCAGCCACAAAACCUAUGGAUAUCCAGUUCCACACAGACAAGCGAAUAAAAGCACAUGGUGAAACUCAAGUGUAUAAGGAAGUGAACUUCACCAAUGAACUGCGCAAGCAUCCCCAGUCUCCUAUGCGUGCACUGAAGGGAAGUACUGUACCGAAGCCUUUCAACUUAUCUUGUGGGAGUAAAAGAAAACACACAGACAUGGAGAGCAAAGCAUAUGUCUCUGUUGCACAGCAGGUGGAAGAAUUUCAACGUCGCACACCAUCACGUUAUCAUUUGAGAAGCAAGCAACUUGUGGAAGAAGGUCCUCAUAGGGUACCGAUGAAGAUGAAACUGACUAAACCUCUGACUCCUUUGCUAACCACCAAAGGCCGUGCUCGGGAGGCCACCUGUAAGAGCACAGCUGAAAUUGAGGCUGACGAGGUGGAGAAAAUACAGUCUUACAGAUUCAAAGCUCAAGAACUAAACCCCAGAAUCCUGGAAGGUGGUCCCAUUGUUCCAAAGAAGCCCCCAGUGAAAGAACCCACAGAGCCUAUUGGCUUUCGCUUGGAGACCGACAAUCGUAUCAGGAAGCGGGAAGAAAAUCGCAAGCCUGAGGAUCAGGAACAGUACCUUUUCCAUCCCCGUCCGUGCCCCAUCCGGAUACUGGAAGAUGUUGUGGGAGUUCCAGAAAAGAGGAAGCUACCAUUGACAGUGCCUCAUUCUCCAGUUUUUGCAGUGAAAAGCCGUGUAAGAAUUCCACUUAAAGAGGAGCAGGAAGAAAAGCUAGUAAAGCAGAUUAAGAUAAACACUAUGCCACACUGUGCCGUCCCAUUCAAGCCAAAACCCCUGGAAGAGAAGAAUGUAGAAAUACAGCCAUUCUCAUUUGAGGCUCGGGACAAAGAGAGGCAAACACUGAAGGAAAAGAAACUGCAAGAAAUCCGUAAAGAGAUGGCUGAGGUCCCUACAUUUAAAGCGCAGCCACUUCCUGACUUUGACUUGGCUCAGUUACCAGAGAAGGUGGUGAAGUCUCCAACUAAACUCCAGCCUUUCCAUCUACGCAUAGAAGAGAGAGGGGUUGUUCGAGCAGAACGCUGGACGCAGAUGAUGAAAGAAGAGCUCAGGCAACAAAAGGAAGCUGCAUGUUUUAAAGCCAACCCCAGCUCUGCUAUUUACCGGGAGCCAUUCGUGCCAAAGAAAGCAGAGCGAUCACUGACAGAGAAGCUUUCUGCUUCUGUAGUUCAGGAAAGCUUUGAGCUGGCAACUGAGAAGCGAGCAAAAGAACGUAUGGAAUUUGAGAAGUACAAAGCUGAUAAAGAGGUGAUGCGAGAGCAGGCAGAACAGGAAAAGCAGAAUCGAAAAGAGGAGCAAGAGAGAAAAGAAAUUGCACAACUCCGUCAUGACCAGAUACACAAAGCAAACCCUGUCCGUCAUUACAAGAAAGUCGAAAUUCAGCCCAGCGAGCAACAGCUUACCGUUCCAACCACCCCAAACUUUUCCGAUCGGUUUCGUCUGUAACGUGCCUGUUUGUCUUUCUGUUCUUAUCUGGAAACUCAAGUAUUUGAAACUGUCACAAUUUCUUUGACAAGUACCAUAAGCUCUACUUUAAUCUGUUUUAAUAUUUGCUUGUAUUUGUUUUGUAGAAUACUCAAUAAAAUUUAGUAUUGAAUUAUUA